AUGGUCUCUGCAAAGCGGAAAUCCGAGGAUGCAACCACAAAGCAACCAAAUAAACGGCCAAGGUCCAAUUCCGGUUCGAAGAGCGGAACAGCGACUGCGGAACAGGAACAGAACAAGAACCCGAAACCCAAGCCAGUCUCCAUCCUCACCAAAGAACAGCCUGCUUUUCCUCGAGGUGGUGCGAGCUUACUGACUCCCCUAGAGCGGAAGCAAAUUCGAGCAAGGGUUGCCCAAGAUGCAGACACGGAAUAUAAGCAUUCGCAGGAUCUGUUCGGAGAUGGGGAGAAAAGGGCAGACAUUGGAACAGACGAGGACGACAAGUCCGGAGAAGAAUUGUCAGCCAAGAAGCCUGAAAGAAGACGGCGGAAAGACAAGAAACAGUCGGCGUCCUCAGCGACCGGAACAAAGUCAGAGGUCCAAAUUGGAGGCCUCAGCUAUAAGCGAAUAACCACAGGCUCUCUUAUAUUGGGUCAGAUUACAUCCAUCAGCCCAAGAGCGCUAACCGUGGCCCUUCCGAACAACCUAGUGGGUUACGUGCCUCUGACUGCAAUCUCGCCACAACUAAGUGAGAAGAUCCAAGGUCUUCUCAAUCAGGAUCAUGAAGAGCACAAUGACAGUGAAAGUGACCAAGAUGAGGAGCAAGACAUCGCUUUGCCAGGCUAUUUCCACGUUAGUCAGUACGUGCGGGUCGCAGUGACCUCCACAGAGCAGGACAGGCUUGGAUCCAAAUCCUCUGCACGAAAAAGAAUUGAGCUGUCCGUUGAGCCGGCGUUGACCAACACAGGCUUGGACCGGUCAAACCUGGUCGCUGGCGCCGUUGUUCAAGUCUCCGUGAGCAGUGUUGAAGACCACGGGUUAGUGGUUGAUCUGGCACUGGAAGACAGCAAAGUGCGCGGAUUCAUCUCCAAAAAACACCUACCCAGUGGAAGCUCUUUAACCACUAUCAAAAUCGGUGCCGUUCUGUUAUGCCACGUCCUCGAACUGGGCUCCAGCAACAAGGUGGUGAAGCUCUCAGCAGACCUCUCCCAGGCCCCAAUCUUGAAGUCUGCUCCGUCUGUGGAUACUUUUCUUCCAGGCACAAAGGCAGAGAUUUUGAUCAGCAAUGUCACAGACGCUGGAAUUUCAGGAAAGAUCAUGGGCAUGUUAGAUGUCACGGCCGACAUUGUUCAUUCGGCCUCAUUCAAGGACCGACAAGCGUUUCUUGCUAAAUACGAGGUCGGCAAAAAGAUUACUGGCCGACUAAUCUGCAAUUUCCCGCUUUCAGACGUGAAGAAGCUGGGGUUUUCUCUUCUGGAAAAUGUCGUUGAUCUGAGUAAUGUCAACGAUGCCGCAGACGCAGACGCAGACGGAGAAGGCGGGAGGUUGGCGCUAUCUUCCACCGUCGAUGCAGCAUCAGUCAUUUGUGUUGAGCCCGGGCUAGGCGUUUAUCUGCAACUAAAUCAAAACGAUAUAGGCUUUGCCCACGUAUCUCGCCUUUCGGACAAGAAGCUGGACACUGUCUCCGAAACCAGCGGCCCGUUCAAGCUUGGGUCCGAACACAAGGUUCGAGUCCUCGAAUACAACCCCAUGGACAAUCUCUACAUAUUGUCCGCUCAGAAAAGCGUGAUUGAACGACCGUUUCUCAGAUUCGAUGACAUUCCUCUGGGUGCAGUUGUCCAAGGAACGAUUGAAAAAUUGCUGGUCGGUCCAAGCGGAGUUCAAGGCUUGUUGGUCACCCUAGGAGAGGGCCUGACUGGUCUCGUGCCCCAAAUACACAUGUCUGACGUUGAUUUGAAGCACCCAGAGAAGAAGUUCCGGGAGGGUCAGGCCGUCACUGCUCGAGUCUUGUCCACUGACCCUAUCCGGCGCCGUCUGAGACUCACUCUUAAGAAAUCUCUGGUGAACAAUGACCAGAAGCCAUGGCUACGCUUUGAAGAUAUUGAGACUGGUGAUUCGACAGUAGGGACUUUGACCAAGGUCGACCGCCUUGGUGCGGUUGUCCGAUUCUAUGGCCCUGUCAGAGGUUUCCUCCCCGUGUCUGAGAUGAGCGAAGCAUAUAUCAAAGAUGCCACGGAGCAUUUUCGGGUCGGCCAGGUUGUGUCAGUAAACGCGAUCAGCAUCAACUCUUCGGAAAAGCGCUUGACCGUGUCUUGCAGAGAUAUUAACGCUCCAGGCGCGUCAAUUGAAAGCGCCCUUGCGGCGUUGCAACCAGGCACUCUUACCAAUGGCACCAUCUUCGAAAAAUCUCAAAACGACGUUUUACUGCGCUUAGAAGGAUCCGACGCUAUUGCGCGGUUGACUCUCGAUCACAUCGCCGAUGGCUCUCUCAAGAAGCGAGAAUCUGCAAUCAGCAAAGUCCGAGUCGGCCAAAAGCUGGAAAAUGUGCUCAUAUUGCAGGUCCUGGCAAAGAGAAGAUUGGUCUUGGUAUCCAACAAACAGAGCUUGGUACAAGCUGCGCAAGGUGGCACCCUGCUCCGAGGCUACGAGAAGCUUCAGCCUAAUGCCAUCGUGACUGGUUUCGUGAAGAAUAUCACAGAAGAUGGCGUGUUUGUGGGCUUCGCCGCCGGCAUAAACGGUCUAAUAACCAAAGGUCAAGUACCCGUCGAAGCUGAAAGCGAGCCGGACUUUGGGAUGGUCAAGUUACAACCUGUGAAGGCUAGAGUCCUCUCCAUUGAUUACAGGGGUGCAACACCGCGCUUUUGGCUGACGAUGAGAGAGGCUCUCCCUGCUGAGACCGAGGCAUCGAGCAGACCUGAAGCUCCUACGGAUUUCCCAAGGCUCAUCAAUCCGGUGGAUACGAGUCUUGAAACCGUCAAAGACCUAUCUGUCGGGAAAGUCACAAAAGCAAGAGUCGUCUCCGUCAAAGAGACACAGAUCAAUGUUGAAUUGGCCAAAGAUGUACAAGGACGGAUCGAUGUUUCGGAAGUAUUUGACGAUUGGAAGGACAUCAAAGACCGCAAGAAACCACUGAGGCAAUUCUCUCCGAAGGAAGAACUCCUUGUCCGAGUCCUCGGGGCGCAUGACACGAGGAACCACAGAUUUCUGCCGCUGACGCAUCGGAAAGGGAAGAACAUUGUAUUCGAACUCACCUGCAAACCAAGCUCAGUCUCGGGUCAAGAACAAGCCCGAUUGACCUUGCAAGACAUGACAGUCGGAUCACCAUGGCUUGCCUUUAUCAACAACAUCUCCGACGAAUGUGUGUGGGUCAAUAUUUCACCCACCAUCCGUGGAAGAAUUCGAGCCAUCGACAUCUCCGACGAUCUGUCGCUUGCUGCCAAUCUCCCUCACAAUUUCCCUUUGGGUUCGGCUGUACGGGCCCGAGUCCUCAAUGUGGACGCCGAGAAGGGACAUUUGGACCUAACCGGGCGUUCAGACGGAACGGCCAGCUCCUUGACGUUUGGCAAUAUUUCGGCUGGGCUGGUGCUUCCUGGCCGGGUGACGAAGGCUACCGACCACAACAUCAUCGUCCAGCUUAGUGAGCAGGUUGUUGGUGUUGUUGAGUUGAUUGACAUGGCGGACGACUACGCUGAAGCCAACCCCGCAAAGUACCAGAAAAACGAUAUCAUUCGGGUCUGCGUGCUCAAGGUGGAUGCUCCCAACAAGAAAGUCAAUCUGUCAACUCGGCCUUCGAAAGUCCUCAGCUCGUCAAUGGCGGUUACCGACCGAGAGAUCACUUCACUCGAACAAUUAGCUGUCAAUGACAUUGUCCGUGGGUUUAUCAGUAACGUGGCCGAGAAAGGUGUUUUUGUGACGUUGGGUCAUGGCAUCACGGCAUUUGUUCGAGUUAGUAACCUGUCGGACAGCUACCUGAAGGAGUGGAAGGAUCACUUUCAGCGCGACCAGCUUGUGAAAGGGAGGGUCAUUAUGGUCGACAAGGAUUCCGGUCACGUCCAGAUCAGCUUGAAGGAGUCGGCACUGAAACCUGACUACAAAGCGCCCCUUACCUUCAACGACUUGAAGGUCGGAGAUUUUGUGACGGCCAAAGUUGUCAAGGUCGAAGCCUUUGGAGUUUUCAUUCUCGUGGACAAUUCGGAGAACGUACGAGGACUCUGCCACCGAAGCGAGAUCGCCGAACAACGAGUCGAAGACGUCAGCAAGCUGUUCAAAGAGGGGGACAAGGUUAAGGCCAAGGUGUUGAAGAUCGAUACUGCAAAACGCCGCAUCAACUUCGGCAUGAAAGCCUCCUACUUUGGUGAUCCUGCAGAGGAUGCUGAGAGUGAGUCUCAAUCCGAGGAUGAAGUCGAUGAAGGCGGCGCGUCUCUCGACCAAGAACCAGAAGCUUCCGAAGCCGAUGAGGAAGAGUCGUUCCAAGAUGAGGACGGGCAUGCUUCGGAAGAAGAUGUAGAGGACGAUGACGAAGGGCUUGAAGAACAGGCUGAGGAGUCAGAAGACCAGCAAAAAGGCAGCGACGUCCUACGGGACGCCACGAAGCCAUCCGACAGCAAAGGCCUGUCUGUGGGAGGGUUUGAUUGGUACGGGAUUUCCGAACCCGCGUCAAAGAAGCGGGCGGCAGAAGCAUCUGAUUCAGAAGCCGAAGAUCCAGCCAAAGCACCCAAGAAGAGGAAGAAGCGAGCACAGAUCCAAGUAGACCGAACGGCAGAUCUGGACGUCAACGGACCUCAAUCGGUGGACGACUUCGAGCGGUUACUCUUGGGCGAACCGGAUUCCUCUCUCCUCUGGCUCCAGUACAUGGCCUUCCACCUUGACCUAGGGGACGCCGACCAAGCACGGCAGAUCGGCGAACGGGCAUUGAAAGCCAUCGGCCUCGGUCAAGAGGAAGAAAAACUCAACGUCUGGGUGGCACUGCUCAACCUUGAAAAUGCCUAUGGAGAUGACGAAAGUAUUGAGGCUAGGUUUCAACGGGCGUGCGAGUACAACGACCCGCAAGAGAUCUACUCACGGUUAACCAGCAUCUACAUUCAAUCCGGCAAACACGACAAGGCAGACGACAUGUUUCAACGCAUGUUGAAGAAAUUCACGCAGGACCCCAAGACGUGGAUUAAUUAUGCGCAUUUCUUAUUCGACACGGUGGGUGAUGCAGAGAAAGGGCGGGCACUCCUUCCUCGAGCGCUUCAGACGCUGCCUCGAUUCACGCACUUUGACGUUACCUUGAAAUUCGCACAGCUUGAAUUCAAAUCCUCCCACGGGCUCGCCGAGCGGGGACGCACGAUCUUCGAAGGGUUGAUCAGUUCCUUUCCCAAGAGGGUGGAUCUAUUCAACGUGCUUCUUGACUUGGAACUCAAGCUGGGAGAGGAGAACAAAGAGCAGGUGCGAGGCUUGUUUGAGCGAAUAUUCGAGGGCAAGUUGAAACCCAAGCAGGCCAAAUACUUCUUCAAACGGUGGAUGGAGUUCGAGGAAAAGGAAGGAGAUGAGCGGCGGGUCGAGGAGGUCAAGGCCAGGGCAGCGAAGUGGAUCCGGGAUGCUGGCAAGUAG